AUGAGACCUAUUCUAUUGUCGGGCCACGAACGGGCCUUGACCCAAAUCAGAUACAACCCCGAUGGCGACCUUCUAUUCUCCGUAUCCAAGGACCAGCAGAUCUGCGUGUGGUACUCGCAUAACGGCGAACGGCUGGGCACCUACAAGGGCCACCAGGGUGCCAUCUGGACCGUCGACGUAGACCCGACCUCGACCUUCAUCGCGAGCGGCAGCGCCGACAACACCAUCCGCCUGUGGGAGAUCAAGACCGGUCGCUGCCUCAAGACCUGGGAUUUCCCCACCGCCGUCAAGCGCGUGGAGUUUAGCGACGACGGCCGCCAGCUGCUGGGCGUCACCGAGAAGCGCAUGGGUCACCUCGGAACCAUCGUGGUCCUGGACGUCGUGCUGGACGUCGACGCCGAGCAGAGCGACGAGCGCGCCCUGACCAUCGUGUGUGACGAGAGCAAGGCCACGGUUGCCGGCUGGAGUUACAUGAACAAGUACAUCAUCGCUGGACACGAGGAUGGCUCCGUAUCCCAGUACGACGCUAAAACCGGAGAGCUGCUAGAUAACGUCCCCGUCCACGAGCUCAACAUGCAAGUGACAGACCUCCAGUGGUCGCCGGACCGCACCUACUUCAUCACAGCCUCCAAGGACAAGACCGCCCGGCUAAUGGCUGCCCGCGACCUCGAGCCCCUGAAGACCUACGUGACCGACACGCCGCUCAACAGCGCAUGCAUCACCCCUAAGAAGGACUACGUUAUUCUCGGCGGUGGUCAGGCCGCCAUGGAUGUCACUACGACCGCGGCUCGCCAAGGAAAAUUCGAGGCACGUUUCUAUCACAAAAUCUUCGAAGACGAGAUUGGUCGUGUGAGAGGCCAUUUCGGACCCUUGAACACCGUAGCAGCGGAUCCCACAGGCAAGGGCUACGCCAGCGGCGGAGAAGACGGUUACGUGCGCAUACACCACUUCGACAAGGGAUACUUCGACUUCAAGUACGAGGUCGAGCGGGAGCGCGAACGCGAGAACAGGCUAUGA